UGUGUGUUUGUGUCUUUGUGCGCGUGUUUGUGUAUCGAACAGAAAAAAGAGACUAGUUCAUUUUUCAAAUGACAUUCGAAACAUGUGCUAAAAAUUUGGACGGAACGCAAACAAAAACAAUCGACACUAAGAAAAAAUUCAAAAUAAACAAAGAAAUCAUUUGUUAUUGGCUGCGGUGCAAAAGCAAAGUUCAUUUUUAUGGAAACGUUCAGGUUAACACUAGUGUGGCUAAUGAAAUUCACCCAAAUCAUGGCGUUAAGUAGUUCGAGCUCGAGUUUACGAACAUUAUUAUCGUCUUAGACGAAAGACAUAGGCGACAGAGAAAAAAAAAAUUAUUACCAACUGAAUGACAAAAAAAGAAAGUUAAAGGUUUUGUUUAGUGUUGCGUAAAAGGAUUUUUUCCCACUAUUUUUGGUCAACGAUUUAUCUACGGAAGAAAAAAAAUUUCCAACGGGAAUUUGUUGAUGUGUGUGUGAGAUGAAAAGAAGCAUAAAUGAUUAAAGCCGUGCAGAAGAAUUUAUGUGAAUUGCCCAAAGCAAACGAUGUUGCACCGAGCAAAUCAGAUGAUUUGACACUUAACCGAGACAUUAAUACCACAGACGAUGAAGACGAUGACUGCGUUUAUGUAUCGCCGGAUGAAGCUGAAAAUGAACCAAUACUCAUCGAUUCGGACACAGAUGGUGGCCGAACGACCAAAGUCUCGCGUACGAGACGAAAGACGAGCCAGGUGGAACGUGCCAAAGUGGUACCUGUACGACGAAAAUUGAUGUGCUUCUGUACGAGUAUCUAUUGUCGUAAUUGUCUGAAUGAAAAUGCGCGUAAAAAAUUAUUCCAAAUGUACAUUUGCCAUCCGAUUAUCACGACGCAUGUGAAAAUGUGCGAAACCGUUGCGCUGCUCAUCAAUUUGCCACAGGACAAAGUUCGUCGAAUCUUUUCGCGACUGCAAAACUAUUUAAUCUCAGGCAACGAUGAUCCAACGGUGCUGCAACUGAACAAAGCGUUAAAAGGUUACGAGGGUAAUUUUCCGCGAACAUUAGCACCGCUAGAGCUGUGCCAAAUCAAACGAAAGCUACUCUCCUCGAAACCAGUUUGGUUCAACAAGACAUUUUCAGCGUGUUGCCGCAUUUUUCGAUACAAAAUCACCGCGGCCAAACUGAUAAAUGUGCUGAAUGAAACGGGUAAAAUCAAAUUCCGUCGUAUAACAAAUCGAAUCAGUAAAAAGUCUAAAUUGAUUGCCAUUGAAGAGAAGAAAAUCCGGCUUGACCGUAUCUCGUAUAUUCGACGCAUACAAAAGUACCGCAAGGAUGGGCAACGGAUCAUUUACAUCAAUGCAAUGAUGAUUGGUGAUAAAAUGAUUGUCAUCGCAGCUGGCCACGAUGGACCCAUCACAUCAGCAUUCAUAGCGACUACCAAUGCUAGCGGUUUCUUGAAAUGGCUAUCGAAAGAUAUUAUUUCGAAUUUGAAGGAGAAAUGUGUAUUCGUUCUUGGGCCGUCGUGUACAUUUCGCAGUGAAAUUUGCAUCCCACAACAGACUGAUUCAAAGGAUACGAUCAUUGCGUGGCUUGAGAACGAGAAAAUCCCAUAUAAAACCGACAUGUACAAGACUGAACUGUAUGAACUACUCUUGGAAAAUAGCAGAGGAAGCUCGGAAACGGCCGAAACGGGCUGUACCGUACAUAAAAAUCUCAACAAAAUCGAUCAUGUCGCUUUGCAUAUCCCGAAAGAGAACCGUGAUCUCGAUCCAUUCGAAUACAUUUGGUUCCAGAUUAAGUUGCGCAUGAUUGCCAACGGAACGGCUUCGUUUAAUAUCAAUGGACAGCUGACGAGUUUACCGCGUGACAUUUGGAUUGAACAAUUCGAACGUGUUUACUCAAUCGAAAAUGUUUAUCUGCAAAUUGAACGUAACUUCGAUCGGACAUUUCGACGAUUUCGCAUUGAUAACGACGACUUUAAGUCACAUGAAAUUUUACAUGCAAUUGAUCACGUCUCAUGCUAAUGUUUACCCGUCACAAAUUGUGUCUGAUGCGCCACAGCCUUCGGCCGUCAGCAGUUUUUCUUUCUUUUUACAGUUAAUGAUUAUUAUUUUUUGUUUUUUAACUUUAAAAUAAAGCUUUUUUUUUUGAACAAGUCAUCGAAUGUUAUAUAUCGAA